AUGGUACCUCACGCUACAGAACCAGCUCCAGACUCCGGCGUCGAUCUCAUUCAACAUGAUGGCAAGCAGUAUGGUGACUGGCGGGAUGAGUUCCACAGGGACGGUUUCACCAUUGUGAAGAAUGUCAUCACACCAGAAAGGGCCGCGUACUAUCGCAACAAACAGAUUGAGUGGCUGCAGUCUUUUGGACUCGGCUUUGACCCCAAUGAUGAGUCAACCUGGACCCAGGAGCAUCUGCCCGUGUCCUUCAAAGGCGGCAUGUACUUUUCAUACUCAAGCACGCACGAGAAGUUCGUCUGGGAGGCUCGAAUGGAACCCAAGGUGCAACAGAUCUUCACGGAUCUGUGGGGAACCGAUGAGCUCAUCUGCUCGUUCGAUGGUAUGAACAUUACUCUGCCACGGCAAAAGGACUUGACUUGGAGUCCUUGGCCUCACUGUGAUCAGAGUCCGGAACGGAAAGGGAUGCAGUGUGUUCAGGGUCUACUCAACUAUCAACCCAAUGGACCGAAAGAUGGAGGAUUGAUCGUCAUGAAGGGCAGUAGCAAGCUGUUUGACCAAUUCUUCAGUGAGACGAGAGAGCAGGAUGAACAUGAAGACAAGCCACCAGAGGAGGAAAACUUCAAGGAUCUGUUCAUCUUCAAGGAGAGUGAUGUGCAGUGGUUCAAAGAUCAUGGCUGUGAGAUGGUGGAGACCAAUCUGGAGCCAGGAGACUUGGCACUAUGGGAUUCCCGCACGAUGCAUUACGCAUCUUUCCCUCAGGGCGAUCUCAUUCGUCAUGUUCAAUACGUUUGCAUGACUCCCGCCAAGUUUGCAAAGCCCGAAGAUUUGGAAUUGAAGGGCUCCCUCUUCAAGAAGUGGCAAGGUACCACGCAUUGGCCACACUGCAACAUCCGAGAGACGGGUCCACCGAUUCGAGAUGGCAAGGUUGACCCUCUGAAUCGUAGCGAGCCUCGGGAGAAACCCGAAAUCACCCAGAGAUUGCUUCAGCUUGCGGCUGUUGAGGCGUACUGA